UGUCCGUUCCUAACAUAACACUCUACAGCAACUUGCAAUGGGCCAUAGACAAAAUGUACUUGGAACAUCUGUCUGGGGAACCUGUUGAUCAUAAGGUACAUAUGGUUGAACAGCGACCGGCUUUCAUAACGAAAGAAAAGCGAAUAGUACAGUCCUUUCUCGUAAUGUGUUCCAUUAUGGCCGCGUUACCUUACUUUUUGUACUCGGCCUCUCGAUUCAUGCAUGAGACACGUUCAGGCAUAAAGAGUCUCAUAAGAGUUUACGGUGUCUCCUCAAACAUAAUACGCCUAUCACAUUUAUUGGACACUUUCAUUUUUUCAAUUCUUUACAGCGUCUUAGUAACCAUAGUUCUCAAGGUCAGUCGCGAUAUUCCGAUAUUGCCAUACAGCAACGCCUUUCUAAUGGCAUUGCAUACAACGCUACACUUAAUGUGUGUUUCUGGUCUGGCCUUUGUACUGAGCGCUGUGACACAGGACGCUAGACAUGCAGAUAGCGUAGUAUUGCUGACAUAUGUGCUCACAUUUUUGUUGAACACAUGGUGGUUCUCUGUUCUUGACAAUUUGUCGUGGAAGGUACUAAUAUUAAGCUCGUUCAUUCCCCAUGCCCCGAUAUUCUUGUUUUGGGAUGAGAUAACUUUCCUUGAAGGCAAAGGUGUAGGUUUGCGCUUCAAGAAUUUGUUUUAUGAGCCGAUACAAGGUCAUGUGGCAGUGUUUUUGGCUUGGACAUUCCUUAUUAUACAGUUCUUUAUUUUAUAUCUCCUGACUUGGUACUUGGACUACGUGAUGCCAGGGAAGUAUGGGAUACCUUUGAAGUGGAAUUUUUGUUUUGAGAAAAAUUUUUGGAAGACUACAAAAAUAGUACGAAAGAAAAGAAAGAAGAAGCGGACUGUGAAUUUUCACGUGACUGCUGAAAAACCAACCGGACGUAAAGACAAUAGGUUUUUCGAGGUUGAUCCUAUAGACUCAGAAGUUGCUAUCAAAAUCAGCCAAGUCACCAAGGUACAAGGUUUCGGGUGA